GGGCAUUCGGCAAUAUGGUCGCCGACGAGGUAUUCCUUUACAAUCGGUGAACUUUGGUGAGCAAAUAAUAUAGCUCAAAUACAGAGGACGUGGUUGGAACAUUUAACGAAAGCUCUGAUGGAAAACACAAACAGUGACGAAGAAAACUCUACCAACCCUGAUGUAGGGCCAGAGCUUGAAGUCAAGGACGACAAUGCUGAAGGUGAAGGUCAUCUUCCAUUUUGGAUAAAAUCAGUAGUCAAAGUAGUAUUUCCAUCUCCUAAAGACUAUCAAGGACUUAUUUAGGGUUCAUUGCACAGGACUACUACUUGUAUAAGAUAUUAUUUAUGUUGGUCAGAUAAUGCCAUAUGUAUUUGAAUUAUUGUAAUAAUGGCAGGUUUCAACAACUUCAACAAAAUUGAAAUAGAUAUUCAGCUGUUGAGUUGAACAUCGUGCAGGAAAAACAUGUGGUUUGUUGAUUACAUGUACUAGAGUAAUCAGUAUUUGUGAAAUAAAUCAGCAGACCAGUUCGUGGUCAGUUCAGCUCGUGUUUUAUCAGCAAUGGCUGCAGAAGAGGAUGAAGUCGUUAUCACAUGACUGGGAGACAGAGGAUGGCACAAGUGAUGAAGAGGAUGAAGAAGAGGAUGAUGAUGAUGAGAGUAGUGAGGACUCUGGAGAGGAGACAGAAGACUAUGAGUUUGAGGAGGAUGAGGAAAAUGGGGAGGGAGAGACUUGUCCUAUUUGUCUAGACAGAUUAAGGGACCAAGAUGUGGGUACUCCCGAGUCCUGUGAUCACACGUUCUGUCUGGAAUGUAUACAAGAGUGGUCAAAGAAUGUGAAUACCUGUCCAGUGGAUAGACAGGUUUUUCACCUGAUAUUUGCCAAGCAUCCUGGGGAAGAUACAAUAUUUAAAAGGAUUACUGUUGCUGACAAACAUCAAGGUGAUCCAGAUGAAGAGGAGGAUCCGAUAUUUUGUGAGGCGUGUGGUAGAAGUGAUAGAGAGGACAGGCUUUUGCUCUGUGAUGGUUGUGAUUUAGGGUACCACUGUGAGUGUCUGGAUCCACCCCUGGCCGAGGUGCCAGUAGAGGAGUGGUACUGUCCAGACUGUGAGACUCUGCGUGAAGGGGAGAGAGAAGGUGCAGCAGCAGAGACUGUGAAUGAUGACGAUGAGAUCUACUACAUUAUUCAAGAAAAUGGUGUUUUGCCGCACUCCUUACGUCCUAGAGUACAUAGACGACAGGUGGCAAGAACACGCAUGAGUGAGCGCAUCUACCAACAGAUCCAGGAAAUAAGGCGCAGUCGAUUUAACAGGAGAAUGAUUAUUUUAUCCGAUUCAGAAAGUUCGUCAGAGUCUGAAUAUUCAGAGGAGGACUAUGAGAUUAAUGAAGAUGCCCCUUCAACAAGCUCAGCUCCGGCUCCUAGAAGGAAACGAGCCACAAGACGAAAGAAAAAGACCACCAGACGUAAAACCAAGGCUAAGAGGAAGUCUGCUGGGAAAGGAAAGAGGACAUCGGGGAAAACCAAAGGAAAAAAACCUGCCAAGAGGAAGGUAAAGGGCAGGCGGACAAAACGGAAAUCACGCAGGACCAAGAAAUCCACCGCUGGAAAGAAGGGAUCUAGAAAAAGGAAAAUCGUCCGAAGAGUGAUGAAUGUACCUGAAGCAACAGUAACUUCAGUCAAAUCCAGAAUUGCUAAAAACUUGGGAAUUUCGAAGCCUCCAGCAGGUCGUACCUUACCCUUACAAAAACGUCCCCGGGAGAGGGCAGAGGAUUAUGGCCCUGCACCACUCAGUAUAAUGGGGACUUCAAAUGAUCUCAUUUAUUUUCAUGAUGAAAAUGACAACCAGGCCAGUACUUCAGGAUAUUCAAACUCAGGAAAGAAGUCUAAACCCUCAUCAAAUAUUCAUUUCUCAGUGGAGGAAAUCAUGAAAAGGACCCCAGUAGUCAGAUUGUCUGUUGAUUCCUCACUCAGGUUCCGACCCCGAGAAGAGUCUGCACCAGUGUCUUCGUCCAUCUGUAGUGCUGAGUCACCAUGUGAUUUAUUAGGGAGUAUAUUUCAGAGUCAACAAAUGCUACAUAUGAAGACCGAGAAGAUAAAAAUUCACAGAGAUGGCUCCUUGUCUGCAAUGAAGUCCAGUUCAGAUUCCAAGGAUCAGGAAACCAAGUCUCUAAAUCAAAACCAGGUAUCGGAGGGCACCGUAGAUGAUGUCCAGACCAAGGAAAGCUCACCUGAUACUGAGCAAGCAGGUGCGGAGGGCGGGGCAAGCAGUAAAUUUCUCCGUCUUCCUAUAUUUGCUGGUUCCUCCAACGUUGAGUUAGACGACAAGGUUGAAAUACCCGAAGAACCUGCCGAGACAUUAGAGAAGGAGGAUGACGGUCUCGGGGAUUCUCUGUGGACGAUACAAAAACGUCAGAAGAAAGAGGAACACGAAGAGACGAUAUCCAACAGUUCAAAACCACACAGUGUAAGCACUGCUUCAGAUAGCGGUCAGAAAGUCAAGUUGGGUAGUGAAUUCGUUACGAGUGACAGGAAGAGUGCGGAGACUUCUAUAGGAGAAGAUUUCUCUAGCUUAUCCAAAUCAGAAGAAGAAAAGUCGGAGAAGACUUCUGUUAGUGGUCAAACUAAAACUACAGGGAAGGGAAAAGACAGCAAAAGUCGGAAUUACCGCUCCAAACAAGCGUUUAUCAAUGCCAGUAAAAAUAGUGCAGAAUUGUAUUCAGAUAUAGAAGAUGAUAUUGACUUGCCUUUGUCUUUAUUGUCAUCCGGUAAAUCCUCUCAAAGAGACAGUGAAAAAUCUAAGAAACACAGUGAAACAAAAGACAAAUCUAGUUCUCGUAAACGACAUAGUAGUACUGAUAAAAGUGAUCCUUGUGACCUGUUCGAUGAUAGAACAAAUGACAGUGAUAGUGGGAAGCUUGACAAUACACAUGUAGCUGACUUUAAGUUAGAAAAAUCUCCAAAGCCUGGUGAUGUUCCAGAAGUGAGGAGGCCAGCUCUUGAUGAUGUGAAGUUUGAAUAUGAGGACUCCAAUGAUUCUGUGCCCAGUACAUCCUGGUCCGAUGCAGGUGUCGGCAGUGCUAUCAUCACCGAAAAAGAAUACAAUGAUAAAAAAUGGCGAGUGGACAAAAUACGUUAUCUGGACAGAGAGAUGGACUGUAAAAAUGUCUCCUCUAAGAGUGACAGGAAAUCUCCAAGAGGUUCAAAGAGAAGGUCGGAGUCCAAAGGCACAGAGCAAGAUGCUGGAUUAUUGAUAACAGUGGCCGGAAAUUCAGAAGACAGGAGUGUAGCAGAGAAGACAGAGAAAAACAUAGAGCUGUUGGGACAACGGCUGUCUAGAAAUACUGAAUCCAUACGACGGUCCUCUAAAGAUGGAAAAGAAAAAUCUGCAAAUAAAUCAAGAUCUUUUCAAAGGUUAGAAGAAGCUUCUAAAAGAGAGGACUUGGAUUACCACAGGUCUAAGUCGCACAAGCAUCGCUCUAGAAGUCGAUCAAGGGAGAGAAAAAGGAGGUCACGGUCACGAGAUAGAAGAGAACGGACUAGGUCGCGUGAUAGACGAGAUCGGUCAAGAUCACGUGACAGAAGAGAAAGGUCAAGGUCACGAGACAGAUGGGAAAGGUCAAGGUCUCGAGACAGGAGAGAGAGGUCUCGAUCUCGAGACAGAAGAGAGAGGUCAAGGUCUCGAGACAGAAGAGAGAGGUCAAGAUCUCGAGACAGAAGAGAAAGGUCAAGGUCUCGAGAGAGAUAUGAUGGGUAUCGGUCAGGGGAGAAAACCAGAAGAUCAAGAGAAAGGAAAGACAGAUCAGGGUCAAUUGAGUUCAAAUUGAGAGAAAGACGUGACAGGUCCAGGUCAAAAGAAAGAAAGGAUAGGUCCAGGUCUCGGGAUCGAAGAAAAUCUAGGCAUGAUCGAUCUAUGUCAGUAGAGCAGAGGCGUGAACGAUCAAGAUCUGCAGACGGGAGAAGAUCAAGGUCCUUGGAACGCACAAGUAAGAAAACUAAGAGUGAAAAAAUGAUUGAAAAGCGUCGUGACAGAGACUCCAAAUCAAGUCGGAGUCCAUAUAGACGAGAGAGUGAGGACAGAUCUUAUCCAAAGGAAGAGAAAUUAGAUUUGUUUAGCUCUGGUAUAAAACGUCUACAUGAUGGUAAAGGGAGAAAAGCGAAAAAGAUAAAAACAACGCUGACUGAACCUAUUGUGAUAUUAUCUGAUGAUGAACAAGAUCCAACUCCGAAGAGGAAGUCAGAAAAAAGGUAUUUAGAAGAUAAGAUCUCAAAUAGAAUUGAGCCUAUAAUUACUCCGCGCUCGUCUGCAAGUCAUCGGUCCAAUGUUUCCAGUGUUGUGGAAGAGCCUCCUCUCCCGACGGAAGAGCUUAGUCUACCACCCAUGCCUCCAGUGAUUUCCAAUGUCAAAGUAUUAACUGAUGCCAGAGAGCCAAAUAAAGACAAACGUCACCUUAAAGAAGUUUUAAUAGAAGAGAAUAUUGAAAAAGAAGAGAAUCGAACAAAACAAACUUUAGAAAGAGACGAUUUUGAUUUGAAUGAUGAAGAAUUAGCAUACGAUCCCGAGUUUCCCACAGUGGAUAUGGAAGAGUCACCUAUAGAGUCUCCAUCAGAUGUAGAAGAGGCAGCUGAACCAAUCCAUCUGCAUGUCAGUCCACUGCUUCAUAAAGAUUUUUCUAUGCAAAGGAUUUCACCACUAUCAGGUCCACCUCCACCUCCCAUGCCGGGCCAGGGGCUCUUGGGGGAACCCUCCAUUCUCCUUCCAUCAUCUGUAGGAGAGCCUCCACAGCCUCUGCUACAAGGGGCAGGACAGCAGAUGCCACUCCAGCUUCGUAUGAUACCUCCAGGGUUUCAUGGUCAGCAGGGAGGGGGUCUGCCGCCCCAGAGGCAACUGAUUGUGAAUCAUCCUAUGUUUAUCAAUCGCCCAGGAUCAUUUCCUCAUCUACACCAACUCCCUGCAGGUCACCCUCUACAGCCUCGUCUUGUCUCCACCCCAGCAGGCAUGGUUACUGUACAGAACCAGUUUUCACCCAGAAUACCUUCGCUUGUGUCACUAUCGGGACAGCCAGGGCUUAUAAAUGGAGCUUUAGAUCAUCUGUCACACGAUCCUCCUUUAAUUUUAACUACGGAUCCCCGUGGUGAUCCUAGGUUACAUCAUCCACCCCACGCAGAAUCUCACGUCAUCUCGAUACGACCAGAAGUUCCUGUAGUACCCAUUACUGUUUCUGAGAGCAUACCCCUUUCUGUAUCAUCUAGUGAGGCUCUCUCCAUGAACCAGUCAGACAUCAUUCCAUCAGCAUCUCAGUUAGAACAGAUUUCUCAAAUCACCAAACUGCUGAACACUCAGGCUCAACUGGCCAUGUUAGGGAAAGAACCAAAAGGUCUAGACCAUGCUAGUCAAAAGCAGGAGCCAAUGGAACGAAAGAACACCAACAGUGUAUUCAAAGUUCCCCUGCCCCCAAUCCUGACCCACACAAUCAACAAGGUCAAAUCAGAGAAAGAGAACAUGGAAAUGGUCGACAUGGAUAUGUCAUCACCUCAAGACAACGGAAAUAUUGAAAUCCCUACCUCAUCUUCUGAGAAGUCGGAGAGGAGCAGGAGGCGGGACAAGAAGAAGAGCCGCAGACACCGGUCCGGGGACCGCCACAGGUCCAGCCAUGAGGACCGAGUGUCGUCCACUGUAGAGCCACAGAGGACGUUUGAUCAGAUGAUGGAAGAAAUGAACAAUGCUGAUGAGAUUCCGUCCUCAGCUGUAGAGCUGACCAAUAAGGAAAAGUACCUCAAAAAGCUUCACCUGCAAGAGAGGGUUGUAGAUGAAGUAAAGACAGCGCUGAAACCAUUCUACAGCGCCAAGAAAGUCAAUAAGGAACAAUACAAGGAAAUCCUGCGCCGAGCUGUGCCAAAGGUGUGCCACAGUAAGAGUGGUGACAUCAACCCAGUAAAAAUCCGAGCUUUGGUAGAUGCUUAUGUUGCCAAGUUCAACAGAAACAUGUCUCCCCCAAAGCUAGAGAAUGGAGAUCAAACAAAGAAAAAGUCUUAAGGAUCUCCCCUAAAGCUAGAAGACUGCUUAAAGAAAAAGUCCGAGUGAAGGAUUGUAAUCCAAUUGAAAACAAAUUCUAGGAGAUUGUCCAAUUAUCCUGUAGAGCUCCAAGUGUUGCUGUGGUGUACUGGUGGUACCAUGCAGAAUUCACAAGGAAAGCUGGAGGGCAGCAUAAUUAAUUGAUUACUGUAAGAUGGCAGGGGCGCAUCAUUUUUGAGUUGUAUCAAAAGACAUUUCAUGAAGAUGGUUUGCAGAGAUUUCUGCUUUUGAAGUUGUGUAUAAAGUUACUCCCAAGGUUUGUCCUUGUAUGGUAGAGUGGACGAUUGCAUUUACUUGUAAAUAAUAGGAUUUUCACUAUUUACGUCAAAGAGUGGUUUUCACUUUCCAUUUCAUAAAAUGAUUAUGGCAAAUGAUACAGAAGUGCUGUCAAAUACUGUGGGCAGCAAUCCAAUUUGGUGUUAGUAUUACAACUUGUCUCCCUUUAUACAGUUUAUGUUUACAUUUCAAGCGUGGUUUUAUCUAACUAUAUACAUGGGAAUAAAAAUGUAGGAGUGUUUGUAAACAUCAUGUAUUUAAUUUUCUUCAUCAGCAAUUAGGUAAUUGUCUAAUUGAAACUCCCCAAGUCAUUUUUUUUUUUACAACGUUUAUACAAUAUUUUGAUAGAACUACAAUGGAGACUUUUUUAAAUGUUGAAAACCCAGACUUGUGACAUUUAUGUAAUGUGUUCUGAUGGAGUGAUAAACUGUGAGGAGUAGACCCACAAUAAAUGAUGAAAUUUGACAAAA